CCUCAAUGUCAUCAAUAUUUACUCUAACCACAAGUCCUAGCAUUGCCGAAACUGCUGUUCCCUCGCUACUGCCUGCUAGCGACAGCUUCAAUGGCGGAUCGGGUGUGGAUGUCCACCAGAUGGACCUGCUCAGCGGCUCUAUCGCUCUGCUGCUCUUUGCCUUUGGGCUGUUCCAGGCAGUGGUCUUCGCCCCAACCAGACACACAUACCGGGCAUUCAAAGCAUUCCUGAAAUGGCUAGAGGCAGCUAUUGGCCAUGACCUGGGAACUACUCUAUGCUCGUGCUCAGCGCAAUGUGACACACGCAGCUUCCAACAUACCAAGGAAGCGCUGGCACGGCGAGUGAGAAGCAACAUCGACGUUGAGCGCAUUCCUGGCUGCAUCGGGAAAAAGCCUGUGACUGCAGAGGACCUGAAGGCAAUCAUUGACGAUGGCGGCGGAGACGCGCUGGUUGAACUUGCACGUAUUGGCGGGUACACUGGAACAAGAGAACUAGAUAGAGCUGUGUACCUUACCCAGUCUGCACCGAGGCAGUUUGAAACAGUCGCGCUGUGGCAAUGGCUUGGUAUUCUCGCCCACUGGCUUAUAUUCGAUGCCGUUCCUAGCCUCGGGCACAUUUUGCUUCGGAUGGCCAAAUGGGUUGGUCGUGUUGUAGCCUGGAUCGGGCUGAAGCUGCAUCUUAAAAGAUCGGCUGCUGGUCCAGACCGCGCAAGCAUCAUCAACUACGAGAUGCUGGAGCUGGCAAAACACCGCAUACGUGUCCAGCACCAGCCGUGGGUUCGGUUUGGGCUAUACCACAUGCUUGCUGAUCUAUCGAACAAGCCCAUCAGCAUUCGCGCGCUAGGAGAGUAUCACCAAAGAGGCAUCUCGGAAGGCACACAGUGCCCACUGAAAAAUGAAUUUGAGCUGGCUUCUCAUAUCACUACCGACGGGUGCUCUGCCACGCGCAUGCUGUAUGCCGUCUCCCUGCUCAGCAUCCGCUCUAUGCUACUCUGUCACAAUAUUUCCUUCGUCCCUCCGUACCUGCUUGCUGGCGCACACGACAAAUGGAAUGUGGUUCAUUUACGGACGGGAUUUAUGGUCGA